GAAUUCUUAAAAGCCGAAAAGAGUACAACGGGCGGGCGUUCUGUGGAAUACACCCCAUAGAAAAUAUUUGCACCCAUACACCUGAAUAAAUAUCGCGGCGCAAAACAAGCAAACAUAAGCGAAGUCAAGUGAUACGAUAAAGAAAACAAGAAAAACAGAAACAAGUGUCAAUUUUUAAACAUUUUUUUUUGUUUGUUUUGAAACAUUAUUGGAGGAAGGCCAAAAAUUAGAUCAACAACAAAUUGACCAUAGAACUCGAUUGCGAAAUUCAAAAAAUACUUUCCGCCGCAUUAUGUCCCAUAGAGAUCCGGCAACUAUUAUCACUAAACAGCAUUGCGGGCAAAUCAUAAAGAAUUACAACAAAUGCCAUAAAAAAGAUUUCAAAAUGUUAAGCUAUGCCGUUGCAUCGGCGGAAGAGGCUAAAGGGUUUUUGGGUGAAUAUUUCCGCUUAGCCAUUAUGUGCUGGGAACCCACACAAUCGGAGAAUGAAGAGUUACCACAUGAGGAGGCUUUACAGGCAGACGAAAAUUUCAAUCAUGAGAUAACUGAGGAAAAUGCUUUGAAAACCGAUGAUGCUACAUUAUUGAAAUUUUUCAUCAAAAAGCUGCCUUUGGUCCAUGAAGAACACGAAAAGGUUGUUAUAUUUCGCAAAGAAGGUCGUUUGUAUAGCACGCUGUUAGCAGAAUUGCUAGAAUAUUCUCCUCACCUAUGGUGUCCCAAAGUCUACUUGAGCUCAUCACAUCUUUUGGUUUUGGAAGAUCUCGACGAACUGGGCUACCAUUCGUUGACCAACAAAGAAACUCUAAAAGUUGAGGAAAUGUUACCCAUACUCAAAGGAUUAGCUGCAAUGCAUGCCUCAAGUAUACUCUACGAAUUGUAUGAUAAAUCCAUAGAAGAUAACUACGCAGAAUGUCUGAAAGAGAUAACAGUGCAUCCAGAUAUACCAUGGUUCCAAGUUGGUCUCAAAGCUUUGUUAGAGGUUGCCAAAAUUCAUCCGCGAUAUCAGGCGGAGGAAUCACAAAAAUUCAUUGAACAAGAGUUGCCUUACCAUUUGAGAUCGUUAUAUUUCAUGGUAAAUCCUUCGCCAAAAUAUCGCAAUGUGGUGUGCCACCGCGACUCAUGGGGUGGCAAUAUUUUCAUAAACUCCGAGGACAGUGAAGCUUCCGCUAUUUUUGUGGAUUUUCAGACCUGCCGUUAUUGUCCACCCAUUAUCGAUGUCAUAUUUACUUUAUUCCUAAAUCUAUCCAAAGAAGAACGUGUGGCGAAGGAAAAGUCAUACUUGGAGUACUACUGGCAGCAAUUGCAGUUUUACACCAAGAGUGACAAAGAGUCGGAUGUAUGUUUGGGUCUUAAUGAAACCGAUUUCUGGGAAUCCUAUGAAGAGUUCAAGCUGAUUGGUUAUGUAUAUCGCGCCUUGGCUAAGUCAAUUUUAGAAGUUCCAACAGAAAUGGUCGACGAGAACUAUAAAAAUGUUGAUAGAACUGAGCCGUUGUUGAGUUACUUGGAGGACAAUGAGGAAUUUCAGGAAAUAAUGUUUGAAUGCGUAGAAGACAUUGUAGAGGCUGUGGUUGAAAUGUCUCUCAUGAGUUAGAAUGUCCAAAUAAAGUUGUUAUUCGAAUUGAUGUCAUGGAA